AUGCUUGCAUACGUUGCAGCUGCUGAUCAAUGUGAUGAAAUCACUAGAAUGGGAGCUUCUACGGCGCUGAAAUGUCUGAAGAAGUUAUGUAGACAAGUCGAGUUUCUUUACGCUGGGUGGUUCCUUCGUCCUCCAAAUCCUGCUGACUUACAUAGGCUUCUCAAUAGAGGACAACGCCGUGGGUUUCCAGGCAUGAUUGGAAGCAUCGAUUGCAUGCAUUGGGAGUGGAAGAAUUGCCCAACUGGCUGGGCUGGAGCUUUCUCGGGUCGAAAGGGUAGACCAACUAUUAUUCUUGAAGCAGUGGCGUCUUACGAUACGCAUAUAUGGCAUGCCUUCUUUGGAACCCCUGGAGCUCAAAAUGACCUCAACGUUCUUGGUGCAUCUAAUGUGUUCGAGCGUGUCAUAGGUGGAACUGCUCCUCUGGUUGAGUUUGAGGUCAAUAACAAAAGGUACACUAAUGGUUAUUACCUUGCUGAUGGAAUAUACCCGAUGUGGUCAACUUUUGUCAAAACAAUAUCGAAUCCCAGAACAGAAGAGGAGAAACACUUUUGCAAAAAACAAGAGGCUUACCGCAAAGAUGUGGAAAGGUGUUUUGGUAUCCUCCAAUCUCGAUGGGUCAUACUGCGUCAUGGUGCUAGGUUGUUUAAACCGGAGGAUCUUCGAGCCAUCAUGAUAAGUUGUAUCAUUCUUCAUAACAUGAUUGUGGAGGAUGAGUUUGUUGAGGAAGAAUUUGCGGAGCCUGAAGAAGUUGAUCUAAUGAAUCCAACAAUGGCAACCGUCUAUGAUCGGUCUGUGUAUCCUGAUACUGGAGAGGCUAUUCCUUUCGAACCAGUGGGGAGAGAUGGACAUAAUCUUCCUUCAUUCAUGGAUCGUGAAUUUCAGGUAGAGUCGGCCUACCUCCACAAAUGCCUACAAGAUGAUUUGGUGAUGCACAACUGGAACAUGGAUGGUAACUGA